AAGAAGUAAGGGGGUGUUAAUGUUGGUGAGGGGAGUGAUCGACUGUAUGCUGCCAAAGACGUGCCAAAUUUGACAAAGAUUAUACAAAGUUUAUCUAAACUUUAGGUACCUGUUGAAUUUGCCAAGAUCAAAGUGCAGCAAUAUGCUGUAUUUAUGAAUGUACAUGUAAUACUUCUUGCGUCAUUGUGGGGUAAUCCUAUAUCAACUUUUAACCAAAUUUAAAGAAUUAAGGUACCGGUAUUAAAUUUCAUUUUCUCCCAGAUUAUAUCACGGAUAUGCAAAAUAGAAAUUGACACUUUGAAUCAUAGUUAGAACUGCCGGCAAUGUUCAUUUGAAUUGUAAUAAAUCCAACUUGCUGAGCUGGUAUGGACAGGUAUUUUAAAAUACCCUGAUUACCAGUUUUAAGAUUAAACUUCCACUUAAAGGUUUGGGUGGUGCUGCACUCAUUAUAACUCAGACUUUCAGGAAUUUCAGACACCUUUAUCUGUCUCGAAGAGCAUUUGGGUUAAUUAUCAUUUGUAAAUGAUUAUGUCAUUCAGAAAAGUGUUUUUUAAGGGCAAUGAACCCAAAACAAUGUAAUAUAUGACAACUAGUUUUAUAUAGUCCUUUGUAUAUUAUUUAGAUAUAUAAAACACGCCUACACUGACAGAUGAUAGGAGUCAGUCAUCCAUGACGCCAUUUAACGUUUUCCAUUGUCAUUAUGUGAGGUCCUGACUGUGGUCCCUUUAUUUUUUGGUUUUUGUGAGUAGGUGGACUUUGAUUUAAUAAGGUGUGAAAUUUUAUGUACAGACAUGCUCUGUGCUGUGUUAUGAUCCAGUUCUAUCCAAGUUCACUGUGCCAGUACAUCAAACUGCUGAAUUAAUUACACUAAUUAACUGACUGUCAGAGAGAAAUCUCGGACCAUUAAUCCCUCACGUGUAUCUGUUUAUUUACGGAGUUUGUUUACUGGACAAAACACCCUGCAGGUGAAAGUGCAAACAGUUUUAUUGUACAUAUACCAGCUGAAGGUCUGGAGGGAUUAGUCCACUUUUUAUUAAUUUGUGAACACUGACCGACAGUUGGGCUGCUGAGUGUAUUGGCCUAGUGGGAGAUGAUAUAAUGGGGGAUAAUCCACCCUUUGUUUAUCCUGAUCCUCUUGAAGUGGAAGAACCACUGGAGGUAGAGGAGCCGGUCAGUUUAAAAAUGGAGGAAGAUGUCCACCCACCAGAAAAUGACAGUCACAUCUUGCGAGACGAGGUCAACUUCAUUCACAAUGUAUCGCAGUUCUUUAACCAGGAGGCACUCAGUGAUGUGAAAUUGAAAGUCGGCGAUGACGUAUUCUUUGCUCAUAAGUUUGUCCUGGCCAAGUCCAGUGAUGUAUUUCGCACCAUGCUGUAUGAGAGACGGUGGUCUCAAGAAAACAUGGAAGAAAUUGAACUCAGUGAAACGCCAGAAUGUCAACCGGUGUUUGAAAGUUUUUUGCGAUUUCUCUACACAGCGGAGGUAGCAGUGACAGGAGAAACUGCUGUAGGAAUUUUGUGCCUAGCUGACAAAUAUAACGUCACAUCCUUAAAACAGUUGUGUAUGAACUACAUGGUGGAAAACUCGCGAUCUCCGAAAAUCAAGAAUGCAGUGCAAUGGUACCCAUGGUCUAAAGCCUUGGGACUGACUGACCUGAUUGAUCAAUGUGCUAAGACUAUUGCUUGGAACUCUGACAAUCUGCUAAAACUAGAAGAGUGGAAAUCUAUGGAUUUCGACUUUGUGUAUGACAUUUUGAAGAAUUCUGAACUUGUUAUUCCUAAUGAGUACCUACUGUUUAAUUCUGUACUCACAUGGUUAAACCAGGAGUCGCAUCUACCGCAACUGAAAGAAAAUGCAGAAAAAUUGCUUCCCUUGAUUCGGUUUCCCCAGAUGAUGGUGAAUCAGUUGUUCGAGAUUGAGAAAUCUGUGAUUGCUGAGAAUGAGGAGUGUAAAGAGCUGAUUCUGGCCUUGGUGGGAAAAGCCUACAGAUAUCGUUCUCUGUGUCCCUCUCAGGUGGAGCUCAGUAUUUCCUUCAAUGAUCCAUUUUACUUGCCGAGAAAUUACACUGAUCUAGCAGUGGACACAGUAAGAAUGCAGAAUACUCUGCGAUUUGGCAUUCAGGUGGAUGUUAGGACGUACGCAGGUCCUGUUCCUACAGAUAAACGCGAGGGGGAAUGGAAAAUCACAUACCGCAAAAAUGGGGAUCACUGGACGUUACAGAUUUUUUGCCACGAUUCCGCAACCGUGAACGGGGAGGCAAGAAUUCAGGCAGCGGUGAUUAUAUUUGAUGAAGAAGAAAAUGUCAUACAAGUGGAUCAAGCCAACACCUAUACGUGUUCCCGUGGCAACAAUUUGGCAAUGACUAUCAAUGUGGAUAACUCCACUGAUUCUAAGGUCAUGGCUCUGAUUUUGAAGCCAGUGCCCAUCUAAUAUGUCUUAUUUGUUAUAAUCCUGUACUAUCUGUAAAUUGUGUGUCAUCUUGGGAAAUAAAGGUAGGGUCUGAUGUGAAUAUAAUCCUGCAUUGCUAAUUUGGAGCUUGUUUUUAGCAUUUGAUCAUUUGAUUUUAUGUAACUGAUUACAUUAGCAUUUAACUCAUGAAUUUGAGAGCUUACCUUUAGCUACCAUUAUUGUGGAAUAUGGAAAAUCUAUUAGAGGAAUUAACCAGUCUUCAUUUAAAUUUUUAAUACCUAAGAUAAAUUUUGGAUGAGUUAAUAUAUUUUUUUAUUUAUAAACAGCUACAUUCAGUAUUAUUAAACAAAAAUCACUGUACCAGAAUAUGCCUUGAUAAAAGCAUUUUUAAUUAAUAUCUGAUUGUCAAAACAUUUUUGUUGUGAUGUACCAGUAUUUUUGUUAUAAUCUCAUUGUGUUGGGUGUACACAUACAUGUAUUUGUAGAGUUUUUAGUGUAGUAACUCUUUAUGCAAGCUGUUUAUUUUUUUUCUGUUGUUGCUUUUAAGCAUAUGUUUGUUGUUGAUAUUCAUUUUUGGAAUGUGGGAAGUUUCACCUGUUUUAAAGUGGGUGAUUUUUUUUUUUUUUUUUAAUUUCUGGUGAUAAUUUUUCGUUUAGUCUUUCAGUUUAUCUCUCAAUCUAUUUACAGAGUAAACAAAUUUAUGGGGUCUUGUUGUGUAGAUUUAUUAGAUGUACAAUGUAGUGGUUAUGAAGAGCAAGUAUUGAUGUACUAAUGUAUCAAGAGUUAUUGCCCUUUAAACAUUUCAGACUUUUCAGUUGUCAAUCAUAUUUUGUAAUCAAUCAAGGUAAUACAUGUACUGUAAUUCAACUUGAUCAGAGUGAGAUUUUCCAAGGUUGGUGAUAUCAAUGUUUACGAUAUAAUAUCUCUCAUGGCAAAAAAAUUCUUUUAAUGUCUCUCUUUAAUGUUUUGAAUGUUUGCAAAAAUCAUACGCAGUUUUAGCACUGUAUGGUAAAUCAGGAAUUAUGUCAUCUCAGAUAAAAAUUUAAUAAAAGUAUCUACCUGGUAAUAUGAUUUUUGUUCGUCCUCAUUAAUUUGUUAUCAAGAGUCCCAGUUAUUAAUGGGUAGUUGCAAUGCAUUUAUAUAAAUUAUGUACCACUAUUAGCAUCCUAGCCAUUGAUGCCACUAAAUUAUUUUGUAUCAGGGAUUUCUUUUGAUAUUCAUGUAAUCUAAUGUAUUUUUGUACAUUUUAAGUUUAGAACAAUAAAAUAAUAUUAAUUCAC